AGCGCACUACUACCACUCUGACAUAGUUCAGAGACACCACGUGCCUCGCUGCUACACCAAAAAAACACACAAAAACAACAAUGAAAGUACUGAUCGUGCUGUCUGUUGCGCUAGCGGUUGCGGCUGCUCUUCCUCAGAGAAAAUUAUCCCUCAAGCCUGAAGAUGACCAAGCCACCGCUGAGCAGAAUUACAAUAACUAUCCACAACCAGACUACAGACAAUCUCCUCCGGACUUCAGGCCUAAAGUACAGAUCGACACUACUACUUUCAUUCCUAUCAUCCACUUCGACAAAGAACAGGGUACUGAUGGCAGCUACAAAACUUCAUACGAAACCGGUAACAACAUCCACGCUCAAGAAAAUGGUUACCUGAAGAAUGUGGUGAACAGUGAAAACGAAAACAUUCCAAGUCUCGUACAAGAGGGCUCCUACACCUACACCGCCCCCGACGGUCAAGUCAUCACUGUCGAGUACACCGCUGACGAGUUCGGUUUCAGAGUCAAGGGUGACCAUAUCCCAACUCCUCCUCCCGUAUCCGCUGAAAUCCAAAAAGGUCUUGACCUCAUCUACGCUGGAAUUAAGGCUAAUGCGGAACGUACUGCCCUUGAAUCCAAAAACCCCGAGGCAGCAAGACAAAACGAAGCGAAUGCAGCUCGCGACUACAAAGGUCAAUACUACCAACAGUAAAUUUAGACAGUGAUCGCUAACUGUGAAUUGAGUGACUAAACCCAUUCUAUCAAGCAAUAAUAAUAGUGUCACAUUAUCAAUUGUGAUUAGUACUAGUGCUCUGUGAGCAUGCCGAAAGUCAUUCGUUAUAGAUAAUAAAUAUGGAACUGAAAAGUGCAGAUCAACGAAAAAUUCCAGAUUACAAAAUAUUCGUAUUAAGAGUGUAAAUUUAAAAAAACUAGUUCUAAUUUGAUAUCAAACAGACUGUCUUGUAUAAUGCCAUUCGACAUUUAUAAUGUUAACUUAAUUUUUAGGAAUUUAGAAUUUAUUCACAAUAUUUCCAAACUCUCGUUAUUAAAAUACGAAGGAACACAUUCAAACAAUUCUCGUAUAAGUUGAUAAUAUAUCUGGUACAAUUAUAGUGGGCUCAUUAAUAUUGAAC